GGGCGGAGACUCACAAGGAGUAGCUUCAUAUCGUCCCGGCGUCCCGAGCAGCAAAUGGCUGUAGACCGACACAGAGAGAGAGGGUGAUCUAGGUUUCUUUUCUUUCAGCACGACAACAGUAAGAGCUCACACAGUGGGCUAGAGAGGGUAAGACGCGCUCUUUACCUUCACACUGAGAACAUUUUUUCCGUAUCGCAGAAGGAUGGGAGAGUCCUGUUGACACCACGGAGAGAUACACGCUGAGACCGACUAUGGCUGUGGACGCUGCGUCCAGCUUCAGCUUUUGCCGUGCCUCCCUGGAGCACACGAUGUCUGCUGAGGAGCUGAGCUACCAGCUGCCACAUCGUGCCGGAGGCAGCAACCUGACCUGGCACGAUGGCUGCAGCCAGAAGACAGCACACACACGCACCGUCAAACUACUGCAGCAGCCCGGCACAGAGGGCGUCCAGCUGCGUCCAGGUGAAGCCUUCACUGUGUAUCACACCAGUCCUACGCUGUCCAGUCUGUCCAAACCUGUGGUGCUGUGGACACAGCAGGAUGUCUGCAAGUGGCUUAAAAAACACUGCCCUCACAACUACCUAACCUAUGUAGAGGCCUUCUCUCAUCAUGCCAUCACAGGACGGGCGUUGCUGCGUUUAAACGGAGAGAAGCUAGAGAGGAUGGGAAUCGUCCAGGAGACACUGAGGCAGGAAGUCCUCCAACAAGUCCUCCAGCUGCAGGUCAGAGAAGAGGUCCGCAACCUGCAGCUCCUUAGUAGAACUUCCUUUGGAAACUUCUCUUAGCUCAUCCCUGGCAGUGCUCUCCCUCAUCCCCUGUGACAAUACGCCUCUAGGAACCAUGGAAGAACUGCUGUCUUAAGAUAUGUGAGCAAAGAACCAAUGAGGGGAGAGGGUGAGCCUGUAGACUACAUGCCAGCCAUUCUGGAGGAUUCUCAUUCAACAAGGCCAAUCAGGUCUGCAGACAUUGAGCCAGAGACAAAGCCCCACUCAAGGCAGGGGAACCCACUGUAACAUAGGGAUAAGAUGUAAGAUUCACAACCCUAGUGAUGAUGUAGGCCUGUCACUGGUAUGUGCUUGAUCACAACAAAUCUCCUUUUGGUUUUCUGCCUCAUUCAGACUGGACUGACUUUAGAUGUGCACAAGCAGGCUUUACAGUUAAGGUCAUUACAUCAUUCAUUCUUUGGUAUGGUUAUUUAUCAGCUAAAAUUCUGAACCCACUGAUGCUGAAAACUGGCUUGAUCUGUGUUAUCACCAGAUUUCCAUGCAGUGCCACCAUUUGGCCUCGAUCUCCAUCUUCCUUUAAAACUACAACACCAACCUUUUCAGAAGGAAUUAGCUGGUCUUAAAUGCAUUUCAAUGAUGCCAUCACAAAGUAUUACUCACCCGUAGGUCACAGUGCAUUUUCCUCUCAGGACUUUAGUUUUGGAAUUGCAGAUUUGGAGGAUCGACAAUAGCGCUUUAAGCUGAAUGUCAUACACAAUCAGUCUUUUUGUAUUGUGACUGAUCUGCAGUGUGUCAGUGAGAAAUUAGAAACAUGUAUACAGUACGAGCAUUUUAGAACAACCCAGUUUAAUCUGUGUAUACUGUAACAGUGUCUUAGUUUUGUAUUAAUGGAGUGGAUCAGAGGCCAGAAGGGUAAUGUGAUGAUUAUGCUUGAUAAAGCAAUAAUUGCAACUGUAGCAGGUGAACACAUUGUUGAAAUAAUUGUCUGGAAGUAAAGUUGUUGUUUUUUUUUAACAGAGUUGGGAUGAUGAACCAUGAGUGUCUCCUGAGAGAAAUGCAUUUAUUGCCUGAUACAGUGGCAGCAUUUGUGUGCAUUGUGUAUUGUAUGUCAUCUCUCACACAGAGAUAUGAAGAAAAGGACAUGCCUCUGUUAUACUUGACACACUUUGAUGUGACACUGAUUUCAAAUGACCAGAAAUCAAGAUAAUAUGACAGCUACAUGCAUGAUUCCCAGUGUGACUGAAUCAAUCACUUCUGGUGCCACUCUAGACAGCAGCAGACAUGACAGCAUUUAAAUCACAUAAAUACAUAGAGUACUGUGCAAAUGUCUUAGACCACUAUUUGAUUUGUUAUUUAUCAAUCCUUUUAUCAGAAUACAACCAGAAAAUAUAGGCAAAUAUGUACACAGUAUUGUUCGGGUUGCAUCAGGAAGGGCAUCCGGCAUAAAACACGUGCCAAAUGUCAACAU